AUGGGAAUAUGUUGGGUAACCACGGGCGAGAGACACGCCAUACGCGCUGUCAUCGACGAUGAGCCAUUCGACGCUGUGGGCUGGGACGUCGACGUCGUGGGCGAGGACGACGAGGACUGGACAUGGGACAACGGGAAAGGGGAGUCGGCAUCGGCAUAA